AUGGGCAGACCAGACUUUCGUGGUGGUGGCGAUCGUGGAGGCAGAGGCGGCGGAUUCCGAGGAAGAGGAGGUGAUCGAGGUGGUAGGGGUGGAACACGUGGUGGUGGCGACUUUAAAAGAGGCGGUCCCGGAAGAGGCGGUGGAAGAGGACGUGGUGGACCACGAGGAGGUGGACGCGGUGGUGGCGGAGGAGGCAGAAAAGUAGUUGUCGUGCCUCACCGACAUCCUGGAGUUUUCAUCGCGAAAGGCAAAGAUGAUGAUAUGUUGUUAACAAAAAAUCUUGUUGUUGGCGAAAGUGUUUAUGGUGAAAAACGUAUCAGCGUUGAUGCUGAGAAUGCAGAGAAAAUUGAAUAUCGUGUAUGGAAUCCAUUUCGUUCGAAAUUAGGUGCAGCUAUAUUAAGUGGAGUUGACAGUAUUCAUAUGCCACCCGGUGCAAAAGUAUUAUAUUUGGGAGCAGCCAGUGGCACAACGGUCUCACAUGUUUCUGAUAUCGUUGGACCAACCGGUCUUGUAUAUGCAAUUGAAUUUUCUCAUCGCUCUGGACGAGAUUUACUUAAUGUAGCGAAGAAACGUCCAAAUAUAAUUCCUAUAAUUGAAGAUGCACGUCAUCCACAUAAAUAUCGUAUGCUUAUUGGAAUGGUUGACACAAUGUUUGCCGAUGUUGCACAACCCGAUCAAGCACGAAUAUUAGCAUUGAAUGCCCAUCAUUUCCUUAAGGAUGGUGGAAAUUUUGUUAUUUCUAUUAAAGCAAGUUGUAUUGAUUCAACUGCAGCACCCGAAGCUGUGUUUGCAGAGGAAGUAAAAAAAUUACAAAGUGAAAAACUGAAACCAAAAGAACAAAUAACUUUAGAGCCAUACGAGAGAGACCACGCUAUAGUUGUCGGCACCUACAGGCCGCUAGGAAAAGCGAAAAAAGAAGUCAAUCAGAAUGAAUAA